AUGGACGAGGAAAUCGUCGAGAUGCUGAGGAUGGAGCAGCGCGAGCAGCUCCGCCUCGAAGAGCGCGUGCGCGAGGUGAUUCCGCAGAUCAACGAAGCGUUCGAGAAGGGGUUCGGCCGGCGGACCUGUCGAGAACUGUUCGAGCGCGUCGCCGAAAGAGACAAGAACCACGCUCGCCUCCACAGGGCUGGGCUCAUCGAGUACGGCCCGGAGAGACCGGACGCGAACGACCCAAAGCGGCGCUGCGUGCCCUCCGGCUACGUGGUCUUCAACCCCGCCGACGGAACGACCAUCUCGCAGAACACGCUGAGACCGGACUGA